UUUUCUAGGUUGGUAAGUAAGAAGCGCGCUGACGGAUCCGACGGAAAUAGAGUACUGCCGUACAUAAUUGACCUGGGUUCAGCUAAUGGUACAUACUUGAACAACCAGCGCAUAGAGGGACAGAGAUAUUAUGAACUACAGGAGAAGGACGUGUUGAAGUUUGGGUACAGUACACGGGAAUAUGUUCUACUUCAUCAAGAUUCUGGAGUAGAUGAUGAUUAAGAAUUGGACUCAGAUUUCAAGUUUGAGAUUGAAUUCAAUAAUUGUAUCAAGAUUAAGGAUUGGAUUCGUUUAUUGUAUCACGAUUAAAGAUUGGAUUCAUUUAGCUUUAAUUUACGAUACUUGAGUUCAUGAUUAAGAAUUGGAUUCAGAUCUUCGUUUUUUAAGAUUAAAGAUUGGACUCGUUUAUUCUUAAAUCUUGAUUAAUGAUUAAUAUCAUUCAUUCUUUACUCCUAAAUAAAGAUUAAUGAUUGGAUUCGUUCUUGUAACAAGAUUCUUGAAUAGAUGAUAUUUAAGAUUAAGAAUUUGACUCAGAUCUUCGUUUUUCAAAAUUUAAGAUUGAAUUCAUUUAUUUUUAAAUCAAGUUUCUUGAGUGGAUUAUGAAUGGACUCAGAUUUUCUUCUGAUCAUUAAUUCUUAAAUCCAAAAGUAUUAAGUUUUCUGAUCAUGAUUAAAGAUUGGAUUCAUUAAAUUUUCAGAGAAGAUUUAAAUUGAAUUCGUAUAUUCUUCAAUCAAGAUUUGAUUGAUCUUUCUCGAUACAAGAUUUAAUAUUAAAUGUUGUUUUUGUGAAAAAUUCUAGAACAUGGGUCUCCUCUACAAAAUUAGUUUUUCCCCAAGAUUAAAAUAUGGAUUAUCAAGGAUAUUUUAACAUGAAUGUCUGUAAAAUAUCAUGACUCUGAUAGUUGGGAAAUGAUGGUAAAACAUAACUUAAAUGUAAAUUUCCAGACGUUGUAAAAGUGUAUUUUUCAUUGACUUGUUAUUUCAUUUCUCAAGUUACCUGAUGUGCUGAAAUAGAAAUGGUUAUUGUGGAAUAGAAAUUAAUUUGUAAAAGAUGUUUAGUUCUCCAAAUUAUGAAUUAAACAAUUUUUUUUAAACUCUGUUAAAAAUAUUUUCAGAUCCUUGUAGAAGGAUUUAAGUAACAAAAAUGUGAUAGAAACUUAAUUUGUGCCACCAUUCAUCAUUCAUGCAUUCAUCAUUCAUGCAUUCAUUCUCUACUUUCAAGAUUCAUCCUGUAUAGUGUAUAUUCAUCUUCACAGAUAUAUUAAUAACAAAGGUUUUAUUGAUUUUACCACACUUGACGAUUAAUCGAGAAUCUCGCACAAAAAUUUCUCCGUCAACGCCAUCUAUACUCAGCUUUAAAAAUGAAUAUAGUCACCUUUCUGCUGCUGUCAGCUGUUCUAGUCAUGACCGCUGCUAAGGCGGGCCAGCAAACACGACAAAAUCGCAGAGCACCAUUCAAUAGAUCGGAGAAGAGCGGUGGGAAGGCUUCUUUUAUCAGAUCGGAGAUGGGAGGUGGGCGGGGAUCAACCUUGAGAAAUCCUCAAUCUCCGACUUAUGGCACCAAACAAUUUAAACCUGUCUAUACCGCUAGGGUAAGGAAUGAGGCAAAGGAAGGAAAACGACCAAACAUCAUCCUUAUUCUUACAGACGAUCAGGAUGUUGAGUUGGGGUCUCUGCAGUUUAUGCCUAAACUAGCCAAGUAUAUGGGCAAGGCGGGAACAACGUACUCUAAUGGAUUUGUAAGCACUCCUAUGUGCUGUCCUAGCAGGAGUUCUCUGUUGACAGGACUGUAUGUACACAACCAUAAGGUGUACACGAACAAUGAUAACUGUAGCAGUACAUAUUGGGUUGAAAACCACGAACCAAGAUCAUUCGGAGCAUACCUUCAGGAUGCUGGGUACUCCACUGGGUACUUUGGAAAGUACCUAAACAAGUACCAUGGUACCCGGGUACCCACUGGCUGGGGAGAAUGGCACGGUCUUGUUAGAAACUCGAGAUUCUACAACUACUCACUUAACGUUAACGGCCAAAUUCAUCAUCAUGGGUUUGAUUAUGAGAGAGAUUAUCUUCCGGACGUUAUUACAAACAGGAGUUUGAACUUCCUUCGAUGGAGUAAGGCUAUGGAUCCAAAUACACCUCUUCUGACAGUUCUUUCCUAUCCAGGACCUCAUGGACCGGAGGACUCUGCACCUCAAUACCAGCACCUGUUCUUCAACGUGACAACCCACCACACCCCGGCCUACGACUUUGCGCCCAACCCUGACAAGCAGUGGAUCCUCAGGCAUACAGAGAAGAUGCAACCUAUACAUAAGCAUUUUACUGACAUGUUGAUGACGAAACGUCUGCAAACCCUGCAGUCCGUGGACGAUGCCGUUGAGAGAAUCGUCACUGUGUUGGACGAAUUGGAUGAGUUAGACAACACCUUCAUCUUCUACACCUCGGACCAUGGAUAUCAUUUAGGACAGUACGGACUGGUGAAAGGAAAAGCUUUUCCUUUCGAUGUUGACACCAAGGUUCCCUUCCUUGUCCGAGGUCCUGGUGUUCCUAGCGGACUAGUUCUACAGGAACCUGUUCUCAAUAUAGAUCUCGCUCCAACGUUCCUGGAUAUUGCGGGAUUACAGAAACCCCCGCAUAUGGAUGGUAAGAGUAUAUUAUCUACCCUAUUUGAACCUGCACCUGGAGCACCUAAACCUGAACCCUGGCGCUCAGCAAUCCUUCUCGAGAGAGGGAAAAUGACUUUCCAGCGAUACGCCAAGGUUUCACAAUCAAGCAAUGAUGUGCUAGAUUCAGAAUUUCAGGAUUUGUUGACCAGUGAAGAAUUGACCAGACAAGAACGAUUAAAGAUUGAAUGCAAGAAACCUAGAUACAAGGCCCCAUGUACACCCCACCAGAAACUGUACUGCAAGGAGAAAUCUGACGGUGAUUUCAAAAUAAAACGUUGCAGAAUGGGCAUAGCGGAGAGGUUUGGUUUGGCCGAGAGGAAAAGUAGCUGUCAUUGUAAUCCGGGAGAUGUUUACGGCUGGAAAUAUUCAAAACUAGAUGCUGAUGAAAAAAAGAUGCAAAAAAGAUUUCUACGCCAGCAUGUUCCAAAAUCCAGAAAACUAAAUCAAAAGUUUCUCAAGACUCUUCCUAGAUACGCAGUUGGACAAAGUAGAACAGCUAGAGGUGCUGAUGAUCUACAUUUCGAUCAUAUUUUUGAGGAUGUUGCUCACGAUGAACUAGAAGAGGUUGAUGGACUUGUAGAAGAUAUUGCUGAAGAAAUCAGAGAUCUUCAUAAUCUGAACGGAACAGAUGACAGCCUAGGCGGAUGUAAGCUAGACAGAGAGAACGUUGUCUGCUCAAACGACAUUGUCAGCGAUAAAAAGACCUGGGCGAUUAGUCGGAACACCGUUAAACAGCAAAUCCAGCGUCUACGGGCUCAGUUGAAUGAACUCAAGCAAAUCAGAAAAUAUCUUAGGAUUAGACGUCCUGAAACCAGUAGCCGUGGACGCGUUCUCCCCCUGGACCUCCGAGCCUACAAUAUUGAGGCUGUUCCAGAGGAUGCCUGGGAUAACUCGGAGAUAUGCGUGUGCGAGCACAAGACCAAGAAGGAACUGGAUCGUCAGCUGAUCAGGGAGGAGAGGAUGCGGACCCGGGAGCAGAUAAAAUUGGAGAAAAUGCGUCGGAAGGAAAGAAGAAGAUUAAAGAUGGAGAAGAAGGAAAGAAAGAAGAACUCUGCAAAGAAGAAUGAUCAUUGCAAACAAGAUCUGAAAAUGAAUUGUUUCUCCCAUGAUAAUGAUCACUGGAGGACUGCUCCUCUCUGGACUGAGGGAAGUUUCUGUGCCUGUACUAACAGUAAUAAUAAUACUUACUGGUGUGUGAGGAAUAUAAAUACCACGCACAACUACCUGUACUGUGAGUAUGUGACCGGCAUGGUGACCUACUUUGACCUCCAGGUUGACCCUCACCAGCUCAGGAACGUUCUGCACACUUUGACCGACCUAGAGGUCAACUACAUGCACUCACAGGUAAUUUAUCUGCGCGAGUACAGUGCCGAGAAUGAUUAUAUGGUUGAGUUGGAAGAUAGAAGAAUGGCUACGAUGGAAGAUAGAAGAAUAGAGCAGAAGGAAGGAAGAAGAAUGGAGAAGGAGAAUAAGAUGAAGAAAAGGAUGAGAGUUGGAGGGAUGUUAGAGGGGAGGAGAAGGGAAGGAAGGAAAGAGAUAAUGGCUGCAAGAUUAAAAAUGAGGAGACAUGGACGGCCUGGACAUGGCUCUGAAACCAGUUCCUCUGCCUUUUAGGCAAAUUACAGGCUGAAAGGCAGU